AUGAAUUCAGCCCCUCCGAGACACAUUUGCGAGAACCAUUUUCCCCAUAGCAGUUCAUGUUGUUCGGAUCAAAGCAGCAGCAAUAGCAUAUCAUAUACAACAUUAAAAUCCAAACCUCAAAAUCCUCAAAACAUGGCAACUUCUGGGGACACCAGCAAAACCAUAAAGCUCGUACGUUACAACAGCUACCUCCGCAGAGUGAACAGCAACAAGCUCCUAAACACACCCUCCAUCAUCCUCUUCUUCCUCCUAACAACCCUCAUCCUCAUCAUCCUCUACACCUUCUUCGCCACCACCCUCCUCUCCUCCACCUUCCACGGUGCCGCCUGGGAGAAUCACCUUCGCCACUCCGCCGUUCCGCGCCGCCCCAACGGCAUGUCGGUCCUCGUCACCGGCGCCGCCGGCUUCAUAGGCUCCCACUGCUCGCUCGCCCUCAAGAAUCGCGGCGACGGCGUCAUCGGCCUCGAUAACUUCAACUCCUACUACGACCCUUCCUUGAAGCGCGCACGCCAACACCUCCUCGCCAAGCACGGAAUCCUAAUUGUCGAAGGCGACCUAAACGACGCGUCGCUGCUCGCGAAACUCUUCGACAUCGUUUCGUUCUCCCACGUCCUCCAUCUGGCAGCCCAGGCGGGCGUGCGCUACGCCAUGCAGAACCCCCAGUCUUACGUGGCUUCCAACAUUGCCGGAUUCGUGAACCUUCUAGAAGCUUCCAAAAACGCCAGCCCCCAGCCCGCUAUCGUCUGGGCAUCCUCCAGCUCCGUCUAUGGGCUCAACACCCAAAACCCAUUCUCCGAACUCCACCGCACCGACCAGCCCGCGAGCCUCUACGCCGCCACCAAAAAAGCCGGCGAGGAAAUUGCUCACUCUUACAACCACAUCUAUGGACUCUCCCUCACUGGAUUACGCUUCUUCACGGUCUACGGGCCCUGGGGGAGGCCCGACAUGGCGUAUUUCUUCUUCACCAAGGCCAUCCUCCAAGGGAAGCCCAUUGACGUUUACCAGACGCAGGACGAGAGAGAGGUUGCGCGCGAUUUCACUUACGUAGACGACGUCGUCAAGGGCUGCCUAGGUGCGCUCGACACGGCGGAGAAUAGCACCGGGAGCGGUGGGAAAAAGCGCGGCCCUGCUCAGCUGAGAAUUUACAAUAUCGGCAACACGUCGCCAGUGCCGGUGGGGAAACUCGUGGCCGUGUUGGAAGCAUUGCUAAAGGAGAAGGCGAAGAAGCACGUGAUCAAAAUGCCGCGAAACGGCGACGUUCCGUUCACGCAUGCCAAUGUGAGCUUAGCGUGUAGAGACUUCGGGUACAAGCCCGCCACAGAUCUCUUGACUGGUCUGAGAAAGUUCGUGCAGUGGUACGUUCGGUAUUACGGGGUUCGCUUAGGGGCAGAAAAGGAAAAACACGGAGACUUCGCUUGA